AUGCGCUCUUCCUCCUCUUUGUUGCGCGGCAUCGCCCGAAGCACUGCGCCUCGAACUGCACGCAUUUCCCAUGUCGAGCGCAUUCAAGCGCCUUCAAAGCGCCUCUUCCACACACCACGAACGUCAGCUGCCAUACGCCCUUCACCCAUACUAUCACGAGCGCGGAUACCUUGUACAGUCCGCUUUGAGUCAAACGCAGCCUCUCCCACGUCCACGAAUGCGCCAGACUCACGACUGGAACGCGAACAAGUCCCGUCAUACGAACUCACUUUCACAUGCAACGCCUGCAAGACGCGCUCAUCGCAUCGUCUGUCCAAGCAAGGAUACCACCAUGGGACAGUCUUGAUACAAUGUCCGGGUUGCAAGAACAGGCAUCUGAUUGCCGAUCAUCUCAAGGUAUUCUCAGACAAGUCCGUCACAAUUGAAGACCUCAUGCGGGAGAAAGGCAGCCUAGUCAAGAAAGGUUCUUUGAGUGCAGAAGGCGACGUUGAAUUCUGGGACGACGGAAGCACCACGCCUCGGUCCGCACAAUUCCACGCCGAAUCGAAACCCAAGGGUGAUAAUCGCCUCGCUGCGCAGCCUGAGCCACCGAAGUCCUCGAAAGACUGA